AUGGCAGAAGUUGCCUCUUCUGGAGGAGAUAUGGAAAAGGCCACAUUCCCCUGCUCUCACUGCCUCCUGCCCACGUCUUCCAAGUCCCUAGUGUUCUCAUUUUUUCACUCAGCUUUCUUGUACUUGGUGAUCAAAUGGGAAGAAAACCCCAAGAACCUGGCCAUGGAGCAGUUCAGAGAGACCCUCUACUGUGACAAGGAGAGAUUUAGCAGUAUCUAUCAAAUGACAAAAACUCUGGGACGAGGAACCUUUGGCACAGUGAAACUGGCCUUUCACACGCCCACUGUCAGCUACGUGGCUGUGAAGAUUCUAGAAAAUGUGAAGGGGGACUCUGCCCGCAACAAUAAUGAGGUUGAUAUAAUGAGAUCCCUCAUUCAUCCGCAUAUAAUCAGGUUCCUUCAGGAGGUGCAGACACGGGAGAUGACAUAUGUCAUCAUGGAUUAUGCCUCGAAAGGGAACCUGCUGCAUCAAAUUCGAAAACAGGGAGGCUUACAGGAGUGCGAGGUGCGAAGGCUCUUUACCCAGGUAGUACAGGCAGUGAAGUACUGCCACGACAACUGUAUCGUCCACAGGGACAUCAAAGCCAACAACAUCUUAAUCGAUGCCUCUGGGAAUGCAAAACUUUGUGAUUUUGGCCUGGCUGUCAGAGUUGUCCCCGGGAAAAAACUAAAGACUUUCUGCGGCACUCUGCCGUACUGUGCCCCGGAACUUUUGAAGGUGAAGCCAUAUGAUGGCUAUGCCAGCGAUGUUUGGAACUUAGGCGUGCUCCUCUACUACAUGGUGGCCAGGCAGCUUCCGUUCCAAGCGAGCUCUUAUAAGGGAUUGAAGCAGCAAAUUUUAGCUGCAAACUUCAGCGUUCCUCAUCAUGUCCCUCUCGAUAUUGUUAAUGUAAUCAUGGAAAUCUUCAUGAUCAGCCCUAAAAAGAGGCCCACCAUCAGUCAAAUCCUGAGGUGCCCUAUGAUAAGGGACAGCCAGGCACGGGCAUCCAUCCAGAGUCUCCCAGGCACCCGGAGCCCUAGCAUUGCCAGCACCAUGGCGGGCAUUGAGUACCAACAAGAAGACCAAAAAUUUAAUCAGGCAAUGGCCACACACCUGAGUCUGCAACACCAGGCACCCGGGGGAGACAGCUGCCAUCACCAGGUGAAACCCACAAAACCCAUGGAGCCAGGCCUUGUCCUCAACCAGGCCGAUCUUCACCUCUUUUCUGGGAUUCUCAGGAAAGCUGCUGAGCCUACUUCCCCAACCUUCAUCGUGCCAUCUGAGCCCCAGGAGAAAGAAGAUGGGAAUUCCAGGCAGGGUGGCAGAAGGCAUAGCAUGCCUGCCACCCUGUGCUGCCAGCCAAGGAGGAUCCACCUUGCCCACCUAUCCCACCUGCGCUGUCCUGUGGCUGAUUCCCUCAUGAGCAGCAGCCUGGACAGCAGCAAGAGUUUCUCGCCAUCGAAGAUAGGGUUGUGUGGCAGCCUGACGGCGAGUGCCCAGCCAUCCUGCUCUCUGUACCACCUUCUUGGGGCAGACCACAAUGAGGCAGCAAAUGACGCAGAGAAACUCUGUGUAACCCCCAAAGGCUCCUCCCUUGGGAACACACUGAUAGUAGAAGUGACCAACAGCCAUGGCCAGCUCCAGGAUACCGGGCCAACUUCCUCCCGAAACCAGAGGCGUCACCGCUGGAAUAGGCUGAAGAAAACCAUUGCAAACGUUUUUCGACACCUGUGUUGCUGUCUGCCUCCUGCAGAGAGUAACCAUGCCUCCCGUGAGAACCAGGCUCCACAGUCAGGGGAUCCUAGAGGCACCCACAGAACCAGGUGA